CGCUAUAGGACUGGGGCUCAAAAGAAAAGACGCCAGCAGGUCGCGGCAGCAUCGAGUUUACACAAUAUGCGCGAGCAGAAGAACAGGAAAACCGCGAUUCCCGACCUAAUAUUUGGCGUUUUCCUAUCUCCGACACACGCAGCAUGUAAAAAUGCAACCGUGCGCCGAGAAACGCGAAGGCUGAGGCCGAACACUGGCUUUGUGUUUUGACCACGAGAAAUGUGGCGCUGCUUCGAGGAGGACUGACGAGACGUUUUUUUAAACAAAUGGAAAAGAGACACUCCGAGCCGUUUGCGUGGAUUUUACGUGGUUUUCCCUUUAUUGAUCCCACCUUUGUAAUCGGCAUGGAGAUUUAAAUUCUGGGAUUCUCCCCUUGCGACUGACUGUUCGAUCAUAAGAGAAGCGGAGAGAGAGAGAGAGAGAGAGUCGGUCGGGAGAACACUGCCUGUCUACCUCGACAUAUUGCUUACCAGGGAUUUAAAUCGUCACGUGUUAGGAACGACAAGGGUUUCAUGCACAUUAAUGUUCGCUGUCUGAUCGCUCAGAAAACCCAUUAGAAGAGAGCAAGAUGAGCACGGAAAGGCCGAAGAGAAAUAUCAUUCAGAAGAAAUUUGAUGAUAACGAUGGGAUUCCCUGGUCAGAGGAGCGAGUGGUGCGCAGAGUGCUCUAUCUCUCGCUCAAAGAGUUCAAGAGAGCUCAGAAGAGGCGCGUUGAUAAUGGAACAGGAAUAAUAAAGCGUUCCUUCGUAAACGGGCAUCUCAAUGGGUCAGGAGUGAAAACGGGACUUUUCGCGAGCGGGUGCAAGCCGGAAAGGCCUCGACGCUCGGCACAGACCGAUAGCGAAUUCUCAGGAGGACCCGUGAGAAAGAGACCCAGGCUGCAAGCACAGAGGAAAUUUGCUCAAUCUCAGCCGAGCUCUCCUCACGUCACUCCGGUUAAACUCCUGGAGGCCACACAACCCAGCCUGAGCCUUCCUCUCAGAGAUCUCACCAAGUGCAAACCCAAAACGGAGGACUUCCUCACCUUCCUCUGUCUUAGAGGUUCUGCAGCAUUGCCCAGUAACAUGAAGUACUUCGGAAGUGCUCACGAAGACGAGGACGCUGAUGAGGAAGAGGAGGAAGAAGGCGACGAAGAAGAGCGAGUGGAGGAGAACGAACGAAAGAAACCGUCUCCUAGUAACGUCACAGCUUCCUGUCAGGUCACUCCACGCAAGAGUAAAGCCUCGAGCAGAGUCGUCACAAAUGGAAAUGUGUUUAACGGGCAUUCCCGGCCGAGCGGGGAACGGGAGAGGAGCCUGAGGGUCAGGGGGAAGGACGGAGCCCAAGCACGGGAGAGAGGUUCAGAAACAACCAGGCCUUCAAGCACACACAAUCUCCGGCCUAGCAAGCCUGCACUGGAACACAAACAGCAGCCGCAUAAAGUGACGCGACCCCAGCGAGCCGCUUCAGCUAACAGUCGGAAGGCACAGAAGGAGGAUUUGCCACCGCUUCCCCUGACCAAAUCUGUGAAAUACCCCAAGGGCCAUGUGACCUACACCAAAGCCAGACUGUUGAAAGAGGCAAAGCUAGAGCUCAGCGCCCCGAGGCGGCACUUAAGUUCACAACACACCAACACACACCUUCAGCACAAGAACUCAGGAAAAGUCCAAAGUGGUCGCAGCAGGACACAAAAACAGUUGCCACCAUCAUCCACAGUCAGACGCAGUGGACUGCGACAAUCGAAGAGGCAGCUGGAGAUGGCGGGGGUUAAACCAAACCAAGCAGGGACUGAAGUAGAGGUCAAGAGGGUCAAGGUGCAGGUCAUUCCUCUGGAUACCCGGAGCAGAAGAGCAGCUCAAAAGACUUUGCAUACGGGAACGAUGGAACUGCGAGUGACGGCGUCGCAGAGACCCAAACGAGCCUCUGCCGGGAAGUUACCGCUCGUCAAACGGACGCAGUGUAAAGCCACAUCUCGGGGCAAGAGCAGCUCCGCUACCUCAGCUCAUCAUCACCACAGUAACGUCCUGAAACCAGCCACAAUUGCCAAACCAGCCAAGCCUCUGAGACCCAGCGAGCCUGUCGAAUCAAACAAUCCUACUGACCCUGGUGACUCACUUAACAUAGCCAAAUCUCCCAAACCAGCAGAGCCCAAAGUCGCUCAGGACAAGGAGCGAGGAGAGUGUGUCAGUUUACCGGAGAUGGCCGAGGUUCCCGUGUUCCACCCAAGCCCGCGCGAAUUCAACGACCCUUUGGUGUAUGUGGAACUGGUACGUGAGCAGGCCGAACCUUUCGGGCUCUUUCGGGUGGUUCCGCCGGCCGAGUGGCGGCCCGAGUGCAAGCUGAAAGAGGAGCUGCGCUUCGUCUCGCACGUGCAACAUGUGCACAAGCUGGGCCGACGCUGGGGCCCUAACGUGCAGCGGCUUGCCUGCAUCAGGAAACACCUGCGUGCCCAGGGCAUCAACAUGGAGGAGCCGCCGUUAAUAGGUGGCUGUGAGUUGGACUUGGCCCGAUUCUUUCAGCUCCUGAAUGACAUGGGAGGCAUGCAGCAGGUGACGGAUCUGAAGACCUGGGGACGUCUCGCUGACCUGCUGGGCAUUCCGCGUUCUGCACAAGACCGGCUCGCCAAGCUGCAGGAGGCCUACUGCAAAUACCUGCUCUCUUAUGACUCAUUGUCUCCGGCACAGCGGGCUCAGCUGGAGAAGGGCGUGCUGACGGAGAAGGAGAGCCUGGAGAGGAGAAACGGGCCGCUGGAGGGACAGGCAGACAUACUUCAACAUGCCGCGAUGCUCCUACCACGCUGCGAACCCAAGAACGGCCUGGUGAACGGCGCUCUUCACCGGAGCGGUGUGCGCGAGCGCCUUAGGGAGCUCGACCCCAUGGCCCGGAAUGGCCGUCAGGGACGGCAGGAGAAGAAAGAAGAAGGCGGUAUACUGACUGAGCUGCACAAAUGCAUAUACAAGGGGAAAUCGUUCUCUCUGACAACUUUUUACCGGGCAGCCAGGAAUACCAUGAAUAUGUGCUUCAGCCGGGAGCCAGACACAGCUGGAGUGGAGCAAGAGUACUGGAGACUUGUAGAAGAAAAAGAAUGCCAUGUUGCAGUGCAUUGUGGGCGAGUGGAUACAAAGACUCAUGGGAGUGGAUUUCCUGUGAGCAAGUCUGAGCCAUUUUCAAAGCAUGGAUGGAAUCUUACUGUGCUUUCCAAUAACUCAGGAUCCAUCUUGCGUCACCUUGGUGCUGUGCCAGGAGUGACCAUCCCCUGGUUGAAUAUAGGCAUGGUGUUUUCUACCUCAUGUUGGUCCAGGGACCAGAACAGCCUUCCAUACAUAGAUUAUCUACACACUGGUGCUGAUUGCAUUUGGUACUGUAUUCCUGCCGAUGAGAUGUCAAAACUUGACAAAGUAGUUCACACACUGCUGCAGGCCAACGGAACCCCCGGGCUCGAGAUGCUGGAGAAGAACAUUAUGAUCUCUCCAGAGGUGCUACGUCGAGAAGGGGUGAAGGUGCACCGGACGGUGCAGCAGAGCGGCCAGUUCAUGGUGUGUUUCCCAGGAACCUUCGUGUCCAAGGUGUGUUGUGGCUAUAGUGUGUCUGAGACAGUGCAUUUUGCCACAGCUGAGUGGAUGAAGUUGGGCUAUGAGGCAGCGAAGGACUUAAAGAGGAGACGCAUAGAGGAACCGUUUUCCACAGAGAAACUGCUCUGCCAGAUCGUCACGUCUGAACCCAGACAGGAAAACAAACAUCUCCUGAAUGCAGCUUCUUCACUGAUCGUAGAUCUCAGGGACACAGAGAUUAGCCAACGGCGGCAGCUUUUUAAUGCCGGUCUCAGGCUUUCUGCCCGUUAUGGAAACCAGCCUGAUGGCGAGUUUCCCACAGAGAGGAAGAAAACGCACCGCACCAGGCUGAGCGAAGACACGGCUGACCGACGCUGCCAGGUGUGCCAGCACCUCUGCUACCUCUCCAUGGUGGUUCAUGAAAGUGAUAACGUAGUGUUCUGUCUGGAGUGCGCACUCCGCUACAUUCAGAAGCGCAGGUCCCCCCGAGGGCUGAAAAUGAUGUUUCGUUACACUGAGGAGCAACUCGACAGUCUGGUAAAUCAGGUGUGUGGGAAAACGUCUGAAAGGGCUGGGGAGAAGCGGAAAGCAGUUUCUUCGAGUGCGCCACCAGCAAAACGAAGUCGCCGGAACAAGAGCCCCUACCAGGCCUCGCUCUCACGCUCUGCCUCGAAAAACACCAAACUGUCUUGACCAAACUGUUCGACCAUUCCCUCCUUCCUGACGUCACACUUCAUGCUGGCUGUCCAGCCCACUCCAGUUCCAGUUCACUUGGCACGUCCCUACGGCGUCUGCGGCGUUGCGGUGGAAAGAUCCGAAACACACACACACACACGUUUAAAAAUGACAUCAUGGGGUACUUUUAUAUUAGAUAUGCAUAGUUAUUAGCAGGAGGCAUUAAAAAGAAUUGAAUGUAUGGGGAGUAAACACAUACACACACUACAUAGUAAGGAACACCGAUGAUAGGGACAGCUGAGUGAGACUGAGGAGCCUGAUCUCUCACACACACACACAAAUCCUUUUUGCACUAGUACUGAGAUUGCGUUUGUUUUUUUCUUCAUUUUUGUUUGAGUAUUUUUGAGUUGUUUUAGCGUUCAAGGUAAAUAUAAAUAUACAUAAAUAUGAAUAUAUCCUAUACUGUACCAUUUGUGUUGAACUGGUGCUGUAGUGUCAAAUCUUCCAUAAGGCCUUCCAGGCUGUUUCUCUCGCGCUCACCCAUGUGGAUAGUUUUAUUUAUGGUAUGAGACAUGUAUGAUCGAGCCCCCUUUAAUGUCAGAUACAAUAAACAAUAGCUAUUAGUAGCCUGAUAUACUGAGAUAUAGAAAUAUAUAUAUAUAUAUAUAUAUAAAUAUGAAUAUAUAAAUAUAUAUAUAAGAAACACCUUUUUUUCUCCCUGUGGUAUAUGAAGGUGUGUGAUUUUGUUAGUGUGUUUUUUUUUUUACUGCACAUCUUCUGAAGGCCUUGCUGAUGCAUUUGGACUCAUUUUCGAAGCACAUUUUGAGGCCUUUUUCCAAACGAAAUUCAAUCUGAAAUGAGCUAGUGUGAUGAUAACUAGAUUAAAAGCUGAUGCCCGGAGCAGUUUGUACCUAUAUUUUAAGCAAUUAAAGCUAUUGAAAUAGUUAAGAAGCACUUUCCCUUUUCACCAUUAAGUCUCGUUCCUCUGGUUCAGCCUUUGUGAUUGGUGAUUAGUGUGUAUGUGUGUGUGUGUGUGUGUGUGUGUGUUAACCACCGAACCCCCCCCCCCACACCACCGUGUAGAAUACUCCCUCCAUCCCUCCUUUACAAAGAAUAUGCUUUUGUUUACAUAGAAUAACUAUUAUAACAUUAGAGUCUAAUGCAAAUUUUUCGAAAUGUUUAUAUGCCAAUACCUUUUGUCAUCUAAAAGGAAGCCUUUUGAGAAAAAGGCGUAUCAGUUUCGAUGAGGAAACCACGAUGAAGAAAAAGCCUUAUUCCCAUGUUGCUUUCUUCGUCUCUAUGAGUUUAGAUGUUCACAGGGUUGCUGUUGUAACAUAUGGGGGAAAACGUGCUGCUUAAUCACUGAAUAAGUAUGUAAUAGUGGUGAGCCCUAGUUUUUUAUCUUUACUUUUUUAUUGAAAGGGGGAAAAAAAAAUCUUUUACCAUGUAGUAGCUUAUCAUAAUGCACUGACUGUAAUGAAGUCCCGUAGUCCUGCCUAGAUGUCUCUCCUCCACACACACCCACCCACCCCUCACCUCUUCCUCCAAAAGACUGGUGUUUGAGCAUAGUAUAACUGAACAGUGUUUCCAAACAAAUGUGGUUGUAAACUUUUUUUAUGGCCUUAAAAUGUUUCCGAUCACUUCUCCCCUGUUUUCUACCGUAAAAUUCUUGCUUGGCUUACUUUUUAUUUAUAAGCGUUGAUUCUCAGUCUUCAAUCUUCUAGUGUUGUUUUGGUUACUGGCCUUUUUUUACUUUUUAGGUUUGUAUAAUUUUGUUGUAAUAAACAAAUCACUGUCAAUCCUUAAAAAAUGU